AUGGCUAUCUUCAAGAAGAAAGCAGGCGCCCUAUUUUUGGCAACUCUCAUGGUCAUGGCUACUCUUCUCUCCUCAUGCGAAGCGAACAAUAAGAUACAAACAGAUGCUCUCCCCCUACCUUCGAAGUGCUAUGAGUUGGACUUACCUAACUGCACGUUGGAAUCAUGCAAGAAAUUUUGCGCUGGAGGAAAGUGCAGUUCCUACGAUGGCUGUUGCUGCCCCAUUGCCUAA